AGGUCGAAGGCGCGGACUUAUUUGGAACUACUGAGAGCUACAUGAACCACGUGACUGCGUUACGGCGAGAUCAAAGCGUGUCGCAACUCUCUUUUUCAACGGCGCUGGUUUAAAGCACACUGCCCAUGCGCUUCACUCCUACACGCUCAACUGCUCUCUCUCUCUCACCCUCACACACACACACACACACACACACACACACACACACACACACACACACACACACACACACACACACACAGAGAGAGCGAGAGAGAGAGAGAAUGGGUCGAGGUGGCAGAUAAAGAACCAAACGCACACUCUGUUAAAUCCGGUUCUGUUCAAACCGAGAUCACUUCAAGGAGCCUUUUAACAUCCCGAUAUCACCAGACCGGAAGUGAGGGACUCUGUGGAAACCGGUAGUGGAAUCAACUGUCAUUCGCUAUAUAGUGAAGAGUGGAUAGUGAACGAGUGAUCGAUUUCGGACACGGCUUAAGAGUGAAGAGGCUGAAGUUGAAAGCUUCACGUUGCCACUGACGACGCCAUUACAGGAAACCAACAAACACUUGGUCACGGAGCUUCCUUCUCCACAUGGGUUUUGAAGCUCUGAUACUCUGCGUAACAUCACUAAAGUGUCCUGAUUCUUUACACCUCUUAUAAUGAAAUCCGUGUCCAGACGACGCUCUUUAGGAAAAUCUCCACAGACUCCUGCUGCUACUGGUUCAAAGAUGUACCACUGCUCACAGUGUGGGAAGAGUUUUACAAAACGUCAUCAUCUCCAACGACACGAGCACAUUCACACAGGAGAGAAGCCGUAUCACUGCUCACAAUGUGGGACAAGUUUUACUUGUCUGAGUAAUCUCCAUCGACACGAGGGCAUUCACACAGGAGAGAAGCCGUAUCACUGCUCACAAUGUGGGAAGAGUUUUACUCGUCAGAGUAAUCUCCAAAUACAUGAGCGGAUCCACACAGGAGAGAAGCCGUAUCACUGUGGACAAUGUGGGACAAGUUUUACUUGUCCGAGUAAUCUCCAUCGACACGAGGGCAUUCACACAGGAGAGAAGCCGUAUCACUGUGGACAUUGUGGGAAGAGUUUUACUUGUCAGAGUAGUCUCCAAAUACACGAGCGUAUCCACACAGGAGAGAAGCCGUAUCACUGUGGACAGUGUGGGAAGAGUUUUACUUGUCAGAGUAGUCUCCAAAUACACGAGCGUAUCCACACAGGAGAGAAGCCGUAUCACUGUGGACAGUGUGGGAAGAGGUUUACUCAUCAGAGUCAUCUCCAUCAACACAAGCGCAUUCACACAGGACAGAGGCCGUAUUUCUGUGGACAGUGUGGGAAGAGUUUUACUCGUCAGAGUCAUCUCAAUCAUCACGAGCGCAUUCACACAGGAGAGAAGCCGUACUUAUGUGGACAAUGUGGGCGGAGAUAUACUCAUUCAAGAUCAUUAAGGACACACAAGUGCUCUAACGUGAAGUUGGAGCUCUGCGGAGGAAGUCGCUACAUUGACCUCCGGUUGGAGAUCGGCAGCUCUGGGGAUGAGGUUGCCACUCUGACCUCCAACUGGAGCUCUGCGGGUGACACCACCUCGUGGGUCUCAGUGGAAUCAACUGUCAAAGGCUUUGAAGCUCUGAUACUCUGCGUAACAUCACUAAAGAUGUACCACUGCUCACAGUGUGGGAAGAGUUUUACUAAAAGUAAUCAUCUCCACCGACACGAGCGGAUCCACACAGGAGAGAAGCCGUAUCACUGCUCACAAUGUGGGAAGAGUUUUACUCGUCAGAGUAAUCUCCAAAGACACGAGCGCAUUCACACAGGAGAAAAACCAUAUUAUUGUGAACAAUGUGGGAAGAGUUUUACUUGUUCGAGAAAUCUCCAAAUGCAUGAGCGCAUUCACACAGGAGUGAAGCCGUAUCACUGCUCACAGUGUGAGAAGAGUUUUACUUGCCAGAGUUCUCUCCAACAGCAUGAGCGCAUUCACACAGGACAGAAGCCAUAUCACUGUGGACAGUGUGGAGAGUUUUUUGCUCGUCCAGGUACUCUCUAUCGACACGAGCGCAUUCACACAGGAGAGAAGCCGUAUCACUGUGGACAGUGUGGGAAGAGUUUUGCUCGUCAGAGUACUCUCCAAAUACACCAGCACAUUCAUACAGGACAGAAGCCAUACUUCUGCGGACAAUGUGGGCGGAGCUAUACUAAUUCAAGAUCAUUAAGGGGACACAAGUGCUCUAACGUAAAGCCAUCAGAUCUUGACAUGAUCCUCCUGUCAACUCUCACCAGCGUAGACAUCACCGGAACGGCUCUGCGCUGGCUUCCCAUCGGGAGCAACUUGGGGUUCAGUGUCUUUCCCAAGGACACUUCGGCAUGUGGGGUCAUGUGGGCUGGGAAUCGAACCGCCAACCCUACGAUUAGUGGACAACCCACUCUACCACCUGAGCCACAGCCGCCAAACUGUCUUGUUCAUCCUGGCUCUUAUAAAAUGAUCAGUCACAGUGGUUUUGGUAUUAGUAAAAUUGAGCUGCAAUCAAUAGAAUUACAUUACAAACAUAAAAUUAAAAAGCUGUUACAGCCAUUAAAGGUGGGUGAUUGGGUGGUCAAGCCUUAUUACACUCUUGUAGGAGACAUUUCCAAAAACAACUCCAUAAACACAUGGGUACAAAAUCUAAAAUUAUUUAAGCAUCUUGGAUUAUUUUGUGUUUUCCAGAUGUACCACUGCUCACAGUGUGGGAAGAGUUUUACAAAACGUCAUCAUCGCCACCGACACGAGCUCAGUCACACAGGAGAGAAGCCCUAUCACUGCUCACAAUGUGGAAAGAGUUUUACUUGUCAGAGUUCUCUCCAAAGACACGAGCGCAUUCACACAGGAGAGAAGCCGUAUCACUGCUCACAGUGUGGAAAGAGUUUUACUUGUCAGAGUGGUCUCCAAAUACAUGAGCGCAUUCACACAGGAGAGAAGCCGUUUCACUGUGGACAAUGUGAGAAAAGUUUUACUUGCCAGAGUAAUCUCCAAUUACACAAACGUAUUCACACAGGAGAGAAGCCAUAUCACUGUGGACAGUGUGGGAAGAGUUUUACUUUUCAGGGUGGUCUCCAACAGCAUGAGCGUAUUCACACAGGAGAGAAGCCAUAUCACUGUGGACAGUGUGGGAAGAGUUUUAAUUGCCAGCAUAAUUUCCGACGACACCAGCGCAUUCACACAGGAGAGAAGCCGUAUCACUGUGGACAGUGUGGGAAGAGUUUUCCUUCCCAGCGUAAUCUCCGACGUCACCAGGACAUUCACACAGGAGAGAAGCCGUAUCACUGUGGACAGUGUGGGAAAAGUUUUAGUUGCCAGAGUAAUCUCCAAAUACAUGAGCGCAUUCACACAGGAGAGAAGCGAAAUUACUGCUCACAGUGUGGGAAGAGUUUUACUUGUCAGAGUGCUCUCCAAAUACACAUGCGCAUUCACACAGGAGAGAAGCCGUAUCACUGUGGACAGUGUGGGAAGAGUUUUACUCAUCAGGGUAAUCUCCAACAGCAUGAGCGCAUUCACAUAGGAGAAAAGCCAUAUCACUGUGGGCAGUGUGGGAAGACUUUUACUCAUCAGAGUUAUCUCCAACAGCAUGAGCGCAUUCACACUGGAGAGAAGCCGUAUCACUGUGCACAGUGUGGGAAGAGUUUUACUCAACACAGUACUCUCCAACAACACAAGCGCAUUCAUACAGGACAGAAGCCGUACUUCUGCGGACAAUGUGGGCGGAGCUAUACUCAUUCAAGAUCAUUAAGGACGCACAAGUGCUCUAACGUGAAGCCAUGAGAUCUUGAAAUGUGAAUUUGUCAAAUUAAGAUGCAUGUUUUUUUAUUUUAAUUUUUUAAAAGGAGGUAAAGAGACGUUCCAGCAUAAAACUAUAAUAGUAUAGUAUUUGUCAUGGACUGUAGUAUUCUGUUGCAUGGGACUUUAGUGCUUACUCUCUGGGUUUUAGCAGAAUUCAUGAUUUUAUGUUGUUUCACUGUUUUUCCCCCAAACGCUACAAUACCAAGCAUGGACUACAUAUUUAACCAGUGAGAAUGCCCACUUUAAUCAACCAAUCCAGACAUCUGAAUGAGACACAUGACUCAGACAUCUCCCUCUAACAAAAGACUCUUCAUUUUAAAUGAUUUGUAAAUGCGAGCUUUAUAAAAUUUGCUUUAUAAAAUGCUUCAUAAAAUUUUGCAGUGUGCAUACUAUCGAACUGGACACCUUUCCAAGCGAACAGAAGAUGGUUGAUGGUUGCAGAAAUACAUGUAUUUAGCCUACUAUAUAGUAGGCAAGUGUACGGUUUCGGACGCAACUGUGCUCUUUUGUUUGCUGUCAAACGGUUGAGCACUGCUGUGUGUGUGUGUGUGUGUGUGUGUGUGUGUGUGUGUGUGUGCAAAAUCCGCCGAAAACUCCCACACAACGUUAAUAGUGUGGUUAAAGUGUUUAGAUGUCUAUAGUGCACGUUGAUAAUGCCACUAAAAUAGGAGUACUCCACGUCUUAAUUCAAUUUGUGUUUACCUUAACCUAAAGUCAUACUUGACUCAUAACUGCUGUUUACAUGGUAGUUUCUUAAUCAGAGUAUUGUCUUAAUUUAGUUAAUUUCUGAUUAUUGUUGUCCAUCUAAAUGUACUGUACGAGUUCACUGUGAGUUCACAAGUUCCUCAUAGAAGAUCAGGUUGCCUAUUGAUCACACUUUAUCAAUAUAUUCUAUAACUCUGUGUGUUCUUGAAAUCUAAAUAAAUGAUAUAAAUGGGAUAAAUGGCACUCGUCCAAGCCAUCAAAGAUAAAUGGAACCUUUUUCAAGCUGGAAAUGUCAGUUUCUUUUAACAGGCAUGAAGGAGCUCCAAUAGACUCGAUUUUUGGUCUGUCAUCAAAUUCAGCUCUCAGAAAGAAUAUGGAAUCAUAAGGUAGAUGUCCUGAUUUGCUUUCCCUUCAACCCAGUCAAGAAUGAACUUCUGUACAGAGACUGGUUUUCCAAUGCCAGUGACUCCCUUUGUCAGCACAGUUCUGAUGGGUUUGUCUUCUUCAGAUAAGAGCUGAAAGAGGUCAUUGCAUUUGAUUGGUGUGUCCUGUUGUUCUCCUAGAUGCUGCCUCAAUCUGUCUCACCUCAUGUUUAUAACUGUCAUCUCCACUGUGUCCAUCUGUGAUUUAGAGCUCUGUGUAGAUCUCAUUCAGGAGUGUUCAGGCAUCACCCACAAUCUGCUGCUGUAAAUGAAUUUCAAUAAAAAUACAAGUUAAGUCUGAUAAA